CGCUUCGCGAGCGGUCGUGCUGAGCGGGGGCUUACGUCAUUGUUUAGGCAUCCCGACAUCGCGCCGGCUAUACUCGUCGGCGUGGCUAUUCACUGGUUAAACUGUGACUAAGGAUGAUUAAAUUAUAAACUAACAUCACGUGGACAUUUAUUAUGUUAAAUGUGAAGCAGUGACAUUUGGAUCAGUUGUUACAUAUCAGUGAUCAAACCGUUGUUAAAAUGGCGGCGGCCAUGAUAAAGGAUCGUGGACUUAGGAAGAAACUCACUCAAGAGGCUAUACCAGAGAAAACACCCAAGAAACCAUCGAAACGAAAGUCGACUCCGAGCAGCUCGAAAUCCGAUAAGAGGAACGAGCAAAACAAUAACAAGAGACCCAAAAUACAAACUGGGGACCCAAAAGUAGAUCUCUUCACGACAUAUCAGCCCUGGGUUAUCCAAACGUACGGCGAUUUAGCCAAGACAAAGACGAUAACUCUGAAGAAGUACGCCAGAAUCCUGCGCACGCUUCGAGGGGAGGAGUGCAAUAGUUCGGAUAGCUCCAAAUUUCGUUUUUGGGUAAAAGCGAAGGGGUUUCAUGUUGGCAAGCCUCCGGGCUACGAUGCCAAGCCGGCUGAUGGGAUAGUGUGCAGAUACAGCAUCGUUGACUCCGAAGGAUGCGCGAGAGGCCCAGACGGCCUGGAGAUCUACACGGGAUCCCAGAAUGAUCCACCACUAUACAUACCGACCCCUCCUUUAAAGAAUGCACCUAAUCAAGAGCCAGUUUAUAGAAAAGUAGCAAUCGUAGAAAACUUCUUCGAUAUAAUUUAUACAGUACACGUCGAACUUGAAGGAAGACCUGGCAAGCACGCUGGACAAAAAAGAACGUACAGAACUAUAACGGAAACAUACGCAUUUCUGCCGCGAGAAGCGGUCACUCGGUUCCUGACGGGUUGUGCGGAGUGCGCGCGGCGGCCGCGCAGCGCCUCGCCUCCGCCGCUGCCGACACCCUCACCAUCACCAACCAGGCACCCCACAUAUCUCCCCUUCAUCCCCCACUGCCCGCCCGAGUACACCAGAAACUGGGAGUCCGAGAUCGACGCCGCCCAGAACUAUUCCUUCGAGCCUAAAUACGACUACACCGACCUCCAGCCGCUCAAGAAGGUCGAGAGUCCGAAACCGGCCGACGAGGACGAGCCGACAUAUAUAGAGUUGACGCCGAAGAAAGUCAACGGUUUCGAACCGAAUAACCUGUACAACAGCAGCUCAUCGGAACCCUUCCGGGAAGAGGAGCCGGUGCGAACGGAUCCCGAGAUAGACAAGGACGACAGCGUCAUCGACGUGGAGGACGUCCGGCCAGAGAGCCCCCCUCCACUUGCGAGUACGCAGGAGGAACCUAAGGAGGAAACGCCGAGUGAAGUCACCAGGAGUCCAGAGGACAAGGAGUCCGAUAAGACUGAGAUUAAGAAGGAGAAAAAGUACAAUCCCCUCGACGUCGCUAACUUGACGUCGAAGGACCCGCCCAAGUCGAGAUCGCCGCCGAGGAAGAAGCUCCUACCAUCGAACAUAGACUGCUCGUCGCUGUACGGGAGGUAUCCCCGGCCGUGGAAGCCGGACGGCUCGCAGUACGGCGAGGAGGUGGACUUCAGCGUGCCCAUCACCACCGCGUACCUCAAGCACAUGAGGAGUCUGUACGCCGAGGCCGUUGAAGCUGAGACCAAGGAUAAUCUGACACCAGAACCAGCUGAUAUAAACGAUGAGGACAACUUCUCGAGUAAGUGUCAGGGCUACGCAAAAGACGCUGAGAAGUUGAAAAUGAUGUUGCUGGCAUGGAAUUACCACAGCCAGACGCAAGGUCGUAACGGCGACAUAGCGGAGAGCGGGGCGGACAGCAUGGCGGACCUGUGGGCGUCGUACCACAGCGCGCUGGGGCUGGGCUCCAAGCCCAAACCCCCCACGCCGCUCGCCACCUCACACUCGGUGAGUUUUAAGAGCCCAAUCCACGUGGGCUCGGCGACGCCCGUGGAGCCGGCGUCGACGCACGACGAGACGUCGUCGUCGGACCGGACGAAGGACGACGACGACGCCGGCGGCUCCGACGACGACAGCGACGACCGCGUUGACCCCCAGCAUCACGAUCCCGAGAGACUGAAGGCGUUUAAUAUGUUCGUCAGACUCUUUGUCGACGAGAACCUCGACAGGAUAGUUCCUAUUUCGAAGCAGCCCAAGGAGAAGAUCCAGGCGAUCAUAGAUUCCUGCACCCGACAGUUCCCGGAGUUCGCCGAACGCGCCCGAAAGCGGAUCCGGACCUACCUGAAGAGCUGCAGGCGGAACAAGAAAGUCCGGGGCGACGGUCCGCUGACCGGCAACGGCAGCAGCACCCCCGUCGGCAAUGCCUGGGAUUCCGCGGUCCGGCCGACCCCGGCUCAUUUAACUUCUGUCCAAGCUGAGCAUAUUUUGGCGCAGGCGUGCGAGAACGAGAGCCUUAACGCGAAGCGCAUGCGCCUGGGGCUGGACCCCGUCAGCCAGCCGAUGCCCUCCGUGCCCACGCCAAUGGUAAUAGACACGACGGCAUCUUCGGCGGUGGCAUCAUCGUUCCUCAGCCUGUACAGCGCGGCGGGGGGUGCGGGCGGCGCGGGGGGCGCGGCCAGCAGCCCGGCACCGACUGUGAAGGAGACAGCUAGUGACAGCACCCUCCUCAACAACAACAAUCUCAAGAUCGACAACGCUAACGGGAACACGGGCAGCAAGACUGCGAGUCCCGCUUCAUCGCCAGCGCCGCUGUUCAGACCGACGUUCCCCAAUACUUUCGGGAACCCACCGACAUUUGGCCGACAGACUAGCACCAGCACAAAUUCGAGCUCGGCGCUGUCCAGCACGGCUCUGCUGUCCACCCUGACCUCACUGCCACCUUCAGGUGUAGGAGUGAACGCCGCUAUGGCCGCAUACCAAAGCGCUCUCCUGUCCGCCAUGGCCGCGCACACACACUCCUUCCCCAAUAUUACUGCUCCCACCGAUCUGUCGCUGAAGACGUCCACGUCAUCAUCGCUACACGCGGCGACAGCGCCGGCGACUGCGACCGCGACCAAGUCGUCGCUGCACAAGCUGUCGGGCGCGGAGGUGGGCGCGGUGCGGCAGCUGGUGACCGGCUACCGCGAGUCCGCCGCCUUCCUGCUGCGCUCCGCGGACGAGCUCGAGGCGCUCCUCCUCAACCAACCAUAGGGCACGCCCAAACCGGACGUGCUAGGAUUCAAGUUCGGGUAUUUUUGAAUUUCGAAUUUUGAAUUCGAAAUUUGAAAACCCGAAUUGAAUCGGCUAUUUCGGUGAAUGAACUCUUUGUGUUGUUUUCGAAAAUGUUAUGAAUGAAAUUGAAGAAUAAAAUCGAACUUUGGUUUGAAGCAGUUUGUAACAUUAGGAUUUUUUUUACAGAUCGGUUUUAUAUUUAUUAUUAAUUUAGUAAAACGAAACAUGUGCGUUGUACAGUUUGAGUCUAAAAUAUUUUAUUAAGUACUGAAAUUGUACUACGCAAAUUCUUUUUCAACAAUAUAUAAUUUUCACAAAUGUAUUUGGGAUACAAUUUAUAAAAAAUUGGAAAAUAUGUGUUUUAGUAAAAUUUUAAAUAAUGAUAAAUUGCACUAAAAUUAUUAUGAUUCAAGGUGCAUAAUCGUAACAUGAGAGUCAACAACAAUUUUAACGAACUUUAUAUUUUAGCACAAGCAAGUGUAUGAAAUACAAAAAAGGUUUGUGUUAAAAACUAAAGAAGAGAAAGGCCAUAACUGGCACAUCGUAGAUAACACGAUUAAGAAACAUCGACGAGUCUGCCCUUCACUAAUAUCAGACUGCUGAAAUGAAAACUGGGUUAUUUCAGAGUGUGUGAUUGGUCGUAAAAGACUACUAGUGAUGGGGCUUCGUCGAUAAAAAUUGUCGAUAGAGUAAUAUGUAACAACAAAAUAUUACCAACGUCCACCUAUUCGCGACCUGACAGGUCCAUAAACAUUGGUCACCUAUUAUAGUGACUUGUAAAUUCUUAGAUAUAGCUCCUAAUUCAUCGCUACUAAUCUAUUCUGUAAAUUCGGCGUACAAAGCUGCCAUGUUUAUAAAAUAUUGCCAUUUUAACUCGUCGGGAGAGUACAAAAUUAUUUUGUGUAUAAUUAGAUUUAAGGAAAAAAUCAGGGAGUCUUUAGGUUAAGUAAAUUUCGAUUUCUUGCCUGGGUGCGGUGAUAAAUUAGUCUUAGUAUCCGUUUGAGGGCAGCGAAUAAUAUCUCGAAAUUGUCGAAAACCGACCGAGAGCGGCGUAGUCUAACAGAGUUUAAAUAUAGUUUUAAAAUGGCAUUCUAGUUGUAAGAAGCACGAAUUUAUUUGUUGUUUUGUAUUAUACUAGUAGGUCUGUAGUUGUAUUUACAAACGAUUAAUAUAUUUAUAGUGAAUCGAUUUAUUUAAAAUUAUAUUAACUCAGAAUUGGCUCCAUCCAAAACUUAUAUUAUUUUUUUAUCGAACUCGUUUUUCAUUCGUAUAUUUGGGAGGGAUGAAAUUCGUCUGCGGUGUUGCCGCGUGUAAUAAUUUAAUAUGCCAAUAUGUUAGCUUUGCUCAGUACAAUAAUGUUUUAACUUUGUGUGUAUACUAUCUGUUACCAUAGAUGUUACGGCCAGGUACUAUAGCUAGUGUUAACUUUAGGUAUAGCUUACGAUGUACAAACUUCGGUUUAUUGUAAAAAAAAUUGAUGGGAAAGUCCAACCGUUGCUGUACUUUGAUUUGGCUCAAACGUUCUGUUGUUGUGUCGUCGAGUUGUUGUUUAUUUUAAGUUACGUUUAUUUUACGAUUAUUUAAUGACUUUUUAAAUAUUUUAGUGACCCGGAAACGAUUUUGGCCAGUUACAGUUGUUUUUUUGUUGGUAGCAAUAUUAUGAAUAGUUUUUGCUCACUAAGUUUAUACAAUAACAUAAAAUAGUUGAUAAUCCACACAUAUACACGCUUCGUACGUUGCCUCUGGAUCUUACCUGAACUGCUGCGGGUUUUGACUGAGUGAAGUUCCUUUGGGGCUUAAUUAUUGAGAUUCAAUUUUGUAACAUAAUACAACUUUGAUCUUGAGCUUGAUUUACCUCAAACUACAUAGAUUAUUUUGAUUUUCCAUUAUCUAUACGGUUUUAUCAAUAUAAAUAACAUCAUUUAAUUGACACCAGUCUAAGGACAAAAAUGAUCACACAGUCAAAAGUCCAGCAGCCUACAAAAUAUGUACAAUAGUUUCUAACUUUGCCAGUUUAUCUCAAUAGAAUUAACGCUUACGCGUCUGUUUUAAAAAUUGUAAAGUCACUUUUGAAUACAAUAAAUUUUGCCAAAGAAGUAAGUCGAACCCGAGACCUUUAAUAAUGAUUUUGUACUUUACUUUGUGUAGUGGUUUCGUUACUUAAAUGUCAUUCCAAUAUUUUUAUAAAAUUGUAAUUCGGUGCGUAGUCAAAACCUGUAUCUUUGUAAAUGGAGAAAGUGUAAAAAGUAUGUUUAGAGUAUUAUAAAAAAGUUGAUUAG